UCCCUUAGCCCCCCCUCCAUUCAUUCCCGCCCCGCGCAUGGGCGGUGACUGGGAGACGCUGUUAUUAUUUUCACUAUAAUUUCCACACGUGAAAAUGGCGGCGAGUCAGGGAGCCGGGGAGCCUCCUUCGGCGGCACUGCACGUCCAUUUCUGCACCGGCGGACCUCAAUGGGAGGCGGUAGGCCCUCAGCUUCAGCACCAGCCGAACACCGCGCGAAGCCUGGAGCGCGCUCUCGAGGACGCCGCGUGCUCAGGGACGCUGAACCUCAGCGGCAGGAAGCUGAGGGAGUAUCCGCGCUCGAGCCACGACCUCGCGGACACGACGCGAGCAGACCUGUCCAAGAACAGAUUCUCUGAGAUUCCACCAGAAGUCUGCCUAUUUGCCCCUCUGGAAACCUUAAACCUGUACCACAACUGCAUAAAGGGCAUUCCGGAAGCCAUCAUCAACCUUCAGAUGUUGACGUACUUGAACAUCAGUCGAAACCUUCUGACAAUUCUACCAAAGUACUUAUUUGACCUUCCUCUCAAAGUGCUUGUUGUGAGCAACAAUAAGCUACAGUCCAUACCGGAGGAGAUUGGAAAAUCCAGAAACCUUAUGCAGCUGGAUAUCAGCUGUAAUGAGAUCCAGGCGCUACCACCCCAGAUGGGAAACCUUCAUACCCUGAGGGAGCUGAAUGUUCGCAGGAACUGUUUGCAUGCGCUGCCUGAAGAGCUGGCUCUCCUCCCACUCGUCGCCUUUGACUUCUCUUGCAAUGAAGUGACUAGAAUCCCUCCCAUCUUCCGCAAAUUGAGACACCUUCAGUUGCUGGCCCUCGACAACAAUCCCUUACAGUCACCACCUGCACAGGUCUGCCUUAAAGGGAAGGUGCACAUCUUCAAGUAUUUGACUAUCCAGGCUUGCAGGAUGGACAAAAAAACAGAUGGUUUGGAGCUUUCAUCUCUGAGCAAGCGCUGCCUUCCACAGCCCCUGACAGGCAGCCUGGAGGAUUUCUAUCCCAAUAAAAGCCAUGGUCCCGACUCUGGCAUUGGCAGUGACACUGGUGAGAAGAGGCUGUCCACCACUGAGCCUUCUGAUGAUGACACGACCAGCCUUCACUCGCAAGUGUCUGAGACGAUACGGGAUCCCACCCGGGCAGAGUCCUACACGCUGAGCGUUAAGCAAGAAUCAGUUUGUGAUCCCUACGUUUUUGUCGAUCUCCCUGCUGAAGAGGCAGCAGAGGGAGACAUGCACCCAGACUAUGUAUCCUGCAUGAAGGAGCUUGAACAAGUACUUCAGAAGUCAUACUGCAGUGAGAAUAAGGAAUUGGGUUGCAAGGCAGAUAGUGUGUCGGAGGAGGAGCAGGAGGAAGACGAUCUGAAAGAAGUUACUGACCUAAGAAGGAUAGCUACCCAGCUUCUGCAGCAGGAGCAGCGAAACAGGUUUCUCAGCCUUUCAGAAAAUGGCACAAGCUCUAGACAAAGGCCACCAUGUCACACCAUCAGAAGUGCCUCGCUAGAUGAAGGUAGUUCAGGAAACACAAUCUUCAAUUGCCAGGAUGAAGUGCAUUCUGCAGACUUCAGCACUGCUCUGACAGUUUUUGGUUUGAAGCCAAGAUCAACCUUUUCCCGAGGAACCAGCCAAGGACCCACUGGUACCGAUCCAGGAUUCACAAUUCGAAGGAAAAUGGAGCACAUGAGGGAGGAAAUGGAGCAGAUCCAGCAUCUACGACAGAACCUGGAGUCCAGGCUAAAGGUGGUGCUUCCAGAAGAUGUGGGAACUGCGCUGAUGGAUGGCGUGGUGCUUUGUCAUCUGGCCAACCAUAUCCGUCCCCGCUCAGUACCCAGCAUCCAUGUGCCAUCUCCUGCGGUGCCAAAGCUAAGCAUGGCAAAGUGCCGCAAAAAUGUGGAGAGCUUCCUGGAGGCAUGUAAGAAGCUUGGCGUGCCACAGGACAAGAUGUGCCUGCCCCAUCAUAUUUUGGAGGCAAAGGGACUUGUAAGGAUUAGCAUGACGGUCCAGGCCCUACUGGAGUUGCCAGCACUGAGGCCCACACAACUGUCAGCUAUGUAGCUUUCCUGCCUGAGUUCUUCAUGUUGGAAGUUGAUGGCACCCUCCUCCACCUCCCAUCUGCCAAAGUCUGGAAUGCCCAGGAACUUCCACCUCCACUGUAGCACCAAGGUGUGGGGUAAAGGGGAGUAACCGAGCUCUGCCUUGUUAACAGCGCCAUGAGAUGACUACCUUCAGUCUUAAGGCUGCUGGCCUUAGCAGUAUGGUAGUGGGCAUCGUCUCACAUCAGAGGGGCACUGCUUCUGUAACCACAACUCUUGCUGUCCUUUCCUUUCAAAGAAAGGACAUAAAACGGCCCCAUUUUGACAGUUUCAAGCAACUUAAAAUUGAAAACCCCAGGGCUGACAGUAUAACUCAACUCUUUGUUAAAUUCUAAUUCUAUUCAGUUUUAAAAGACAGUAUUCAAGACUGCAGCACAGGUGACUUUUGUACAUACACAUCUGAUAUCGCUCUGAAAGAAACGCAUAGCCAUAAUUUCUUAAUCCUUCCUAAGGACUGCCUGUGGGUGAAUUUAUUGCAAAUAUCUGAGGCAUGUUAACUUUUUUUUUUUUUUUUUUUUUUUUAGAGCUUUAGGUGAAAAAAUUUCUGAGCGUCUUCCAGCUUGAAUUGGCACUCUUACCUGAAAGAUAGUUUGAAUGUGUUUUGUCUGUCAGUAUCCCAGUUCAGUUUGGCAUUAUCUGAACAUAGUCAUCAGGUAAACAAGGUGUUAAACAUUGGCAAUGCCAGUUCAGGGUGUUCACAUUUUUUCUAUUGAGUCUAAACACCUAAGAUUUUCACCACCAGUACACUUUUGGUUAUGGUGAGUGAGAAAGUGCUUUGACUAUGAAACUUUUCCCAGAAUGUUAUGUGAGAUCAACCAGCCCUGACUGCUGUAAGGUGAGCACUCUAAAAUAUGAAAUCCAUGCCAAGGUAGUUAUUUUGUCAGUGUCCAGUGGAGGAAAACAUGAAAAGUAUUAAUUGUUGUAUUGGUUUUAACAUAAAUUGAAAUCUGCAUUGACAAGAUGGGGUCAAGAGAGCAGUCAUGCAGGGAGUGCUCUGAAUGAUCCCGCUUGCUUUCAGCAUGAGGAUAUAUGACUUUGUAUAAUAACACUUGACCAUUUAACUGUGAGCAGCAUCACAAAUCAGAAGACAUAUUAGACAACCAUUGUUCGUUCUGGAAAAAACACGGUUCAGCUGCUUUUUGAUGUUAAUUCAAAAAUAGGAACACUUUUGUACAUUGCAAUGCAUUACACAUCAGAAACAUUAAGAUUAUUUCUUUUUAUGAGCAUUAUUUACCGUCUCCCAAUGAGGGUUUUUUCCCUUUUGCCUUCUGCAUUACUCCCAGUUCUUGAGCUUAUGAGCAGGUUGACGUCUUAGUUCUCAGUAAGAAUGAAAUAAGGUAUCAGUCAAGGGAAAAGACAAGGUUCCUUCUUCACUACGGGUAUUCUUCUGGUUAUUCUUCUCGUGUUUGUGGUAGGUCGUGUCACAGCUCUGACUGUGGGUCCAAAUGGGAUCUGAUUCUGCUGUGGAGUUAGUAUGUUCACACACAUUCACAUGGGAUUCCAGCAGGUACUCUGGUUUACUCGCAGAAUUGAAAGAUAUGUUGUGAAUUUCUAUGAAUUGCUCAGUGUGUGACUACCUUUUAUGGCCUGCUGUAAUGUGUCUUUUGCAUCAUUGAUCACUGCAACCAACUGGUUACUUAAAAUAGCCUAAUGGAAAUUUACUUUCAGCAGUGCACUUUAUAAUAUAUGACAUUUUUACCGUCACCUUUUUAUUAAUAUUUUAGACUGGUGAGGUUUUUUGCCAAAAGUUGUAAAUAUUAUGGUUUCUCCCAAAAGAUCUAGGGAUUGUUAUAUUUUUUAGGCUUUGAAGACAUUUGACAGUUGUCUCAGAUGUAUGUGAAGAAGUAGAGGUCAUGAUACCCCUUGUUGUUAAUCACUACAGUUUUGUGUCUACUGUAACAUCUGAUCUGUGGAAUUUUAAUAAGACUCCUGCUGUCAAGUCUGGUGCCAGACCACUUUGUGCCAUUCUCUUGCCUUAUAGUGGUAGUCAUUUGUGGCAUGUCGAUGUCAUCUCUUGUGGUUUGACAUGAGGACCAGAGGUAUUCCAUUCAGGGGGAUGUGUUCCAGGUCUCUGCUCAUCAAGGUGUUUAUUCCACCUUCAGGAAUUGAGCUUCAGUUCAAGGGUGCUAUGUUAUAUUAAUAACAUAAGAUGGUAAAUUGAAUCCCGGGAUAGCUGGGUUUCUGCAGAUGUCUGGUGCUCUUCAGUAACUACCUGGUUCUCUUCUUUGGUAACAUGUUUGUUGAAGGUCUGCACCAAAAAAGAAAGGUCCAUCAGAUUAGAUGGCUGAAACCAGGAACGUGAUUCAGGAUGGAAUUUGAACAUCUAAACUUUGAGAGUGCCUUAUGACCUGUCAAUGCUGAAUACCAAAGUAUGUAUUCUGUGGUCUUGCAGAUGGUAACCCUGGACUUGCACCCAACAGUGACACAUAAACAUCAAGGCUGAAUUUAUAACUUUGAAACCUGCAAGUAUUUAAACAUUUCUGUGACAGUUGCUAAUUCUGUAAAUUCUGGGUUUCAUUAGAAGGGGAAAAAGUGAAUCAGUCAAAAUAAAGUGGAGCUUAACCAUCUGGCCUUUUUGUUAAGAAACAUCUGAAAUUAGACAGCAACACUUUGACGCAUGAGUCACAGUAUGCAAGUGCACGGUAGAUACAUUUAGUGCUCUGCUAUUGUGUUAAUUACUCAAAUAGCUCAGAUUGGUUUCUGUGGAAUAAACCUCGGAUGCCCUCUACAGCACCUCUCUCUCUUAGUCUUGCUAACCCUAAUCCAUUCUUCUGUCUCCGUCAUGUGGCGUUUUCUCACUUUGAGGUCAAAAUUUGUAUGAACCUAGUCCCCAUGUUGUACUGCUGCUCUGGACAAAAAAUAUGGGAGAAUUGUUGUACAUAUUACUGAAGCUUUUAUGUUCUUAUUUUGUAUUUUUUAUUCAUCAACAGUGUAAUGGAAAUUUUUAGGUUUAACAAAAUGUCAAUUUUGAGAGCCCUUCUUGAAGGUUAAAUGAAUUCAUCAAAUGGGUUGAAAAGGUUUUGUAUUGAGAUAUGAAAUUCUUGUCAAUAAGACAAAACAUGGCAAUGUCCUUUGUAAAAAUUGUAGGGUUAUUGUAUGAUGUUGCAAUGUUUCAGUUGUAAAAAAUAAAUGG